UCGGGGGUAGACUAUUAUGCCCAGAGUCGCCGAGGGCUUCGCGUCGCACGCUGUCUACGUCACCCCGCCCCCUGCUGGUUAAAAAAGUUUGUACAGUUGUGCGUCUCUUCCUGGGGCGAAGUGAGGUGAGUCAAGACUGAAGAGCUGGCUAAUAUCUUAAAGACAGAUUUAUUUUUAUUUAAAAACAUCCCGGUCCACGCAGACUUCACCGAUACUCACGGAACGGACGGAGCCGUGAUCACUGCCAAUGGCUCCCGAACAUGACCAGCAAGUUCCUCCCCCCUGUCCUGUGUCCAACACCACGAAUCCUGCAGAUGAACCUCAGACCAGAGUGGACCUCUUAACAUAUUACCGUCACCUCACUCUGGACCCGAACACAGCAUACAGGGAGCUGCUUCUGUCUGAGGGCAACAGGAAGGCCCAACUCACGGACAUGGUCCAGACGUAUCCUGAGCACCCGGACAGGUUUUCUCACCUCUUCCAGGUGCUGUGCACCGAGGGCCUGACAGGACGUUGUUACUGGGAGGUCGAGUUCGAGGGGUCCGCUGAAAUAGCAGUGGCGUACAAAGAUCUCGGCAGAUCAGAUUAUUACAUGGAGUGUGCUUUCGGCUGCAACGACAAGUCCUGGAGUUUAGACUUGGACAGAAACUCCAAAUGUUUCAGACACAACGACGAGGAGACCACGGUGCCGGAGCCUCAGUCGUCCAGAGUCGGCGUGUACCUGGAUCACAAGGCAGGUGUUCUGACCUACUACUGCGUUUGUGACACGAGGCAGCUGCAGCUGAUGCACAGAUUCGAGACCACGUUCACAGAGCCGCUCUACGCCGGGCUGUGGGUCGCAGGCAGCGCCCGGCUGUGUGACCCGGAGUAGAGGUCCCGGGUCCAGUCUCUCCCAAGUCACUCAGCUAAUGUUGGUCCACUGGUGAUGGGGGGGGGGGGGGGG